CCAGCAAGCUGUCAAAAAAUCUAAACUCUUCCGUUUUCGUUUUAGCUAAAUGGAAAGAUCUGUAUAUUUAUUGUAAUGUUAUUUCAAUAAAUAUACAGUCGUAUGUAGUGUACACCAUAUAUAAGUAUCUAAUUUUAGAUUGAUUUCCGCGUUAGUUCGGAAUUCGUAGGUGAAGAUGGAGAAAUUCGAAGGGUACAUUUUCACUGCUCUCUGCAGCACCAACUUUUUGGUUUCAUGUCUCCUGUUCUCCAAAAUAACUCGGGAGCAAAGGGAGCCCUACAUGGACGAAAUAUUUCACGUCCGACAAGCUCAGAAAUACUGCUACGGGAAAUUCAACGAGGUAUCGUUUUGCUAUGUCAUUGUCAUUUCCUUGAUUUUGUUACAUUGUUGCUUGUCGGAUUAACGCUUGUCCUUGGAAUAAUGUGACAGAUUGCUAGCUAGACCUUUUAACCCUUAACUAAGCCAUCUGUGACGAUGAACACAGACAGAUCAGACUCUCGCUAGUCAUUAUAGUGGAUAAUAUGCCUGAAUCCUGAAAAGCAUUGUACUUCUGCAGUGGUAUAUAGCCCUAUAUGUAUCAACCAUUUGGCAUCUGUCUCUAGCUUGAAUAACAAUAACCCUUUUAAGUUCAAUGCUGUAGUAGAGGCUCUUUAAUGGGAUAUUUUUCCUUUCUCUUUGUUGUUCCAGUGGGACCCAAUGAUCACCACGCUUCCUGGCCUGUACCUGGCGUCAGUAGGUGUGAUCAAGCCAGUAGUGUGGCUAGUGGACCUCUCAGGGAAGGUAGUGUGUUCUACAGCGAUGCUGCGCUUCAUCAACCUCCUCUUCAACUGUGGCAUCCUCUACCUGCUCUAUCUUAUCAUCUGCAAGCUCCACCUUAAAGAGAAGGUAAUAAUGUUAUUUAAUGUUAUUACAUUUAAAACAUCCCCAAGGGUGGCCAGCUCCUGUUCUGGAAAGCUGCAGUGUGUGCACUGUGCAGGCUUUUGCUCCAGUCCAACUUUUACUCACCUACCUCAAAUAAUGUUGCUAUAAAUGAAAAGACCUUGAAAAAAUGAUUGAAUGCCUUUAAAGCUUCAAUUGCAUUCCUUUUGUUAGUCAUAACAACCAUGGUUUCUCUUUCAGACUAAGACUGCCUCCCGCAGAGUUCUCUCAGCCCUGUCCCUGUCCACCUUCCCUGUGCUCUACUUCUUCAACUUCCUCUACUACACAGAUGCCGGAUCUACUUUCUUCAUCCUCUUCACGUACCUCAUGACCCUGUACGGCUGUCACAAAGCCUCGGCACUCCUCGGCGUCUUCGCCAUAUUCUUCCGCCAGACCAACAUAAUCUGGGUGGUGUUCUGCGCCGGCACGGUGGUGGCCAACAAGAUGGACGAAACCUGGAGGACGGAACAGUCGAAGAAGAAGGACGACAAGUCGCCCUGUCAGAUACCUUUCUCCGUAAGCGGGGUGAAGAGAGUGAUGCGUUUCCUGUUGGAAUUUCUGACCACAGCCAAUCACAUGAAGGCUGUGAUGCUAGUGGUGUGGCCGUACAUUCUUGUUGCCGUGGGUUUUAUCGUGUUCAUCGUGUUGAAUGAUGGGAUCGUAGUCGGGGACAGAACCAGUCACGAGGCCUGUCUCAACUUCCCUCAGCUCUUCUACUUCUUCUCCUUUGCCCUCUUCUUCUCCAUCCCCACGUCGCUGUGCUACCACCGAGCUCUCCGCUUCCUCCAGACCCUCAAGAAGCAGCCACUGCUCUACUUACUGGUUACAGGACUCUGCCUGCUCCUAGUGUGGAAGUUCACCUUCGUCCACAAGUACCUCCUGGCCGACAACAGACACUUCCCCUUCUACGUGUGGAAGAGGAUUUUCCAGAAGCACGAGGCGGUGCGUUUUGCCCUCAUCCCGGCAUACGUGUUUGCAGCGUGGAACUUCAUGGACACUCUGAAGUCCCGGUCUCUGUUCUGGAGCCUGGCGUUCCUGGUGUGUCUGCUGGCGGCCACAGUGCCUCAGAAGCUGCUAGAGUUCAGGUACUUUAUUGUUCCGUACCUGCUCUACCGCCUCCACAUGCCCCUGCCCACCCUCACCAGGCUGGUGCUGGAGUUCCUGCUAUAUACAGCCGUCAACGCAGCCACGCUCUACAUCUUCGUCAACAAGACUUUUCAAUGGCCAAAUAGUCCGGCUGUACAGAGGUUUAUGUGGUAGCCUGACCUGAACAGAAGGAACCCAGUCAUUUGGAAAAACCUAUAGGUUAUACUUUUUCUAUUUAAAAUGAGUAGGGCCAGGAGUUUUUCC